UAUUUGUCAAGUUCUUGCUGAAUGCGCCGGUUGGAGAAUUACUUCUCCAACAACAACAGGUUUAGUAUGGACCGCAGGUCAAUAUUAUGCUGUAUCUUGGGAUCCUGGCUACUCUCAAGUAAAUACUGUCGACCAAGUUGAUCUUUAUACAAAUGAUAAUAAAUUUGUUGUCACUGAGUGGAAGGGACCUAUUUCUGUCAACGCUUUGACAACAGGAAACUUUCGUCUUCAAGCUCCUUCUCCCGGAACUUAUCAUUCCAAGAAAUAA